AUGGCAUACAACGACGAUGCCGUGCUGGCAAAGCUAUCGGCCCUGAAUGAGAGCCACGACAGCAUUGCGACUGCUGCACAAUGGAUCAUGUUUCAUAAGAGACAUGCAGAUCGCACUGUUGCGCUAUGGAUGCAGCGUCUUCGCGACUCAUCAAGCACCAAGAGACUAAGCUUGGUGUAUCUUGCAAAUGAGGUCACCCAGCAGUCAAAGGCACGACACAAAGAGGACUUUCUUGUGGCCUUUUCCCCUGUCAUCGCUGAGGCGACGGCCUUAGCCUACAAGGGAGCACCGGCUGAGAUCCAGAACAAGCUUAGAAGGGUCAUUGACGUCUGGAAAGACCGCUUCAUCUUUGAACCGCCUGUUCAACAGGCCAUCGAACGCGGCAUUGAUGAACUCGAUAAGGCUCGAGGAACUGCCAAAGCAAACUUCGCUAGUCCUGGAAUGGGCGGUGGUGGCCCCUCUGUUCCAGUAGAGCUCACCCCGCUCGUCACCUCCUAUACCAAUGUAUCGAAGCUCAACCUACCUACUAAGACGGCUGUGAGCACCGCCAACCAGGAUUUCGAAAAGGUCACCGACCCCUCGACACCCGUCCCGUCCGCCCCCGUCUACGCAGCAAGACUUAAUGGUCUCUUGAAGAGUUUGGCGAGUGCUGAGGGCGCUGUCGCGGAAUGUGUCAAGGCUAGGAAAGGCCUCAUUGGCGAGUUGGAGAAGAUGCUCAGCGCAAGUCAGGAGGCACUGACGAACGACGAGAGACAGCAUGCCGAGCUGUUGUCCCGGAAGGCCGAGACGGAGGAUAAGAGACGUGAGAUUGAGCAAGCCAUUAUGCGUGGACUGCCGACGCAUGAGGCUUCGCAAUCCCCCGGCAAUGGGGCAUCCAAGACGCCUGAGCCUGAGAGACCAGAAGUUGAGGCGCUCACACCUCCCCCCGUGGAGGCCUUCACACCGCCGUCUGUGGAAGCGCUGACCCCUCCCCCUGUCCACGACGAGCCGCCUGUUCCUCACCACACAGAAGAGGAUCGUGCCCGCUCGGCAUCGAGCCAGGGUUUCCAGCCUCCGGCAGCGUCGGGCAUCGAAAUGCUGUCAGCCCUUGCCUCGCAGUACCAGUCUAUCCCUGUCUCGGCAAAUGGCGCGAAGAAGAGACGCCGAAUCGACGGAGACGAAUUCCCUGACCUUGGAGGCGAUGAUGGAAUCGAUGCCGACGUGGCAGAGAUGCUGAGUAAGGAAAGUAACGGCAGUGCUUGA